AUGCCCACUCCCCAAACCCAAACAAUCCCAACACCCUGGUGCCCCAUCUCCGCAACCAUCACCGAACCCGACCCCACCACGACACCUCGUCACCCAGCACCCACCGACCUGACCCUCCUCCUCCUGCACGGCAACUCAUCCAGCUCCCUGGCAUUUUCCCACAUCCUCUCCCGCGACCCACCGGCCGGCGUAUGCCGCGUCAUCGCCCUCGACUACCCAGGCCACGGGCGAUCUGGCAACGCAGCCACCGACGCUGAGGCGGACCGCGUCUACACGCAACCGGGCUACGCCGUCGUGGCCGCACACGCGCUGGCCGCCCUGGGCGUGCGCGGCCGCGUCGCCGUGCUCGGCUGGAGCCUGGGCGGCCACGUCGCCAUCGAGCUGAUCCCGCUGCUGGCGCCGUCCAGCCUGGCCGACCGCGCCGCCGCGCUGGGCGCGGGUCCGCUGCCCGGCACGACCAUCGUCAGCCCACCACCACCACCACCACCGCCGCCGCCGGCAUCCCGCGCCAUCUCCCUCGCCGGGAUCAUGCUGGUGGGCACGCCGCCGCUCGGAAAUGCGGCGCAGCUGAAAGCAGGGUUUACCCUCGGCGCGGGGGAGUGCGCGUCGGCACGGGAGAGCCGCAAGGGCGAUGUUGGACGGGGCGGGCGGGCGGCGGUUGGCGAGAUUUCGUUCUUUGCGCUGGCGGCCGAGGAGCUGACGGACGAUCUGGUGGAGUCGCUGACGGUCGCGGGCCACGGGCCGCCGCGGGAGCAGUGGAUGGCCGACGGGGUGCGACGGACCGACGGGCGGGCGAGGCGCGCCAUGGCGGAGAACGCCUUUGCCGGGGAGCUGUCGGACCAGGUCGGCAUCGUCGGGGCCAGCGACGUGCUGUGCGCCGUGGUCAACGGGGCCGAGGAGCAGUUUGUCAACCUCGAUUACGUAGAUGGCGUCAGCUUCAGGAACCUGUGGAGGGGCGAGUGUCACAGGAUCCCCGCAUUGGGCCAUGCUCCAUUCUGGGAGGCUCCCGAUUUGUUUUGGGACGAUUAUUUGACGCCUUUUCUUGCAGAUUGUAAUGCAGCGCAGGCAUAUUCACUUUAA